GGGCGGCGGGGGCGGCGGGGGCAUGCGCGGCGCGGCAUGGCCUCGGCGGUGUUCGAGGGCACGUCGCUCGUGAACAUGUUCGUGCGCGGCUGCUGGGUGAACGGCGUCCGCAGGCUCAUCGUGGGCCGGCGCGGCGACGAGGAGGACUUCUUCGAGAUCCGCACCGAGUGGUCGGACCGCAGCGUGCUGUACCUGCACCGCAGCCUCGCCGACCUGGGCCGCCUGUGGCAGCGCCUCCGCGACGCCUUCCCCGAGGACCGGCCCGAGCUAGCGCGCGCGCCGCUGCGCCAAGGACUGGUUGCCAUAAAGGAUGCCCACGAUAUAGAGACCAGGCUUAACGAGGUGGAGAAGUUGCUCAAGACCAUCAUAAGCAUGCCGUGCAAAUAUUCUAGGUCAGAAGUUGUGCUCACCUUCUUUGAACGAUCUCCUUUGGAUCAGGUGUUAAAAAAUGACAACGUACAUAAAAUUCAACCCAGCUUUCAGAGUCCGGUGAAAAUCUCAGAAAUCAUGAGGUCCAACGGAUUUUGCUUAGCAAACACGGAAACCAUCGUUAUCGACCACAGUAUACCAAACGGAAAAGACCAGCACCUGGGUGUGGACCCAACAGAGCAUUUGCCUGUGCAGAGAGCUCACUGGUUGAGCUGCGGGCUGGCGCGGGGCGGGCACCAGGGCCCAGAUGGCUGCGCAUCAGGUGCACGACCUGAGGACAGAUGCUUCAGCUUCAUUGGACGAGCUUCUGGUGAGGGGUUGCCUCGAUGGGGGAGGGACAGGUGGGGGCCCCCUCAUCCUGAGGGUCCUGCGGGUCCUGGCUCUCACUCCGCAGUAUCCCAGGGCAGCUUUCCUGUCGGCAGAGGCCUCAGAGGCCAUCCUGCCCCCCGCCACGUUUGCAGGAGGUUGGGCUGCGAGGAGUUCUGCAGAGGAGGCAGGCAUGCAGGCCCUGCUUGACCUCCCCUGCAUCUGAGAGGCCUCUUGGACCUUGCCAACGGUGGUUUUGGGGAGGAGACCGCACGCCCUGUAAUGAAGUUGGGGGGCUGGUCUUACCUCCGUGCACCUGCUGCCUCAGAGGCUGCGCACCCUGUGCCCGGGCCUAGGGCUCCUUCUCCCCAGCCUUGGGCUCCCAGGGCUCCCAGGGCAGGUGGUGCGAGGAGGAAGAGCCGGCCCUGCCCCUGGCCCUGCUUCUACCCCUACCCCUGCCCCUACCCUUGCCUCCACCCCUACCCCUACUCCUGCCCCUGUCCCUACCCUUGCCUCUAUCCCUACCCCUACCCCUACCCCUGCCCCUCCCCUGGCCCUGUGAUGGAUGAGGGCAGGCCCCACACAUUGCCACCCCCUCCUCACUGUGGACGGAGAGGAAAACGUGCCUCUGCACCUUUUCUGUCUGAUUUCCAACCUCUCCUCCACUUUUAAGCGAGACUGAGAGGAAGUGUGCCCCCCUCGGGCCCGUCUGUCCCCAGGCUGCCGCCCAGGCCGGUGGGCCCUGUGUGCAGGGGCUGGGCCUCUCCUCUGCCCCCACGCGGCCCCCUGGCCCAGGCGGAGCAGUCGCCGGCGCUCCCCUGCUCGGUUCACGGUCCUCCUUCCUGGUCACCCCAGAACCUUCCCGGUGGAGCCCGCUCGGCCCUGCUAGUCAGCGAGGCCAGGACGGCACAGGGACAGGAGUGCGCUGCGGGCUCCCAGGGCCCUUCCCGCCCCCGGACGGCCUCCCUCCGCCCACCUCCGCGCUGCCCGCUUAGUCUGGGCUGAUCCUUAGUUGAGGAAAGUGGGAAAAGCACAAGCAGCAUCUCCGCUCCCCUUUCUGGGGAGAAUGUCCUUCAGGUACUUGUGUGUCUUUUCUAGCUUCCCAGGCCGUGUCUGGGUGAGACAGGAGUGGAAAUGGUUUGGGUUCACGGGGGAGUGAGUUCAGGAGGCGUCCGUCACCUUGUGCCUGGAGCAC